GUCGUUCCCGGCCGACAUUCCCGCAUUCCCGGCAGACACGGUGGAGCUGGCGUGGUCGGUGCUGUCGGACAUGGAGGUGAUCGAGCUGAGCAAGCGCACGUCGGGCCAGUCCUUCGAGGUGAUCCUGAAGCCGCCCUCGUUCGACGGCGUCCCCGAGUUCAACGCGUCGCUGCCGCGCCGCCGGGAUCCGUCCCUGGAGGAGAUCCAGAAGAAGCUGGAGGCGGCCGAGGAGCGCCGGAAGUACCAGGAGGCGGAGCUGCGGAAGCACCUGGCGGAGAAGCGGGAGCACGAGCGGGAGGUGAUCCAGAAGGCCAUCGAGGAGAACAACAACUUCAUCAAGACGGCCAAGGAGCGGCUGGCGCAGAAGAUGGAAUCCAACAAGGAGAACCGCGAGGCCCACCUGGCGGCCAUGCUGGAGAGGCUCCAGGAGAAGGACAAGCACGCGGAGGAGGUCCGGAAAAACAAGGAGCUGAAGGAAGAGGCCUCCAGGUAAAGAGGCUCUGCUCGGACUCUCAGCUCCGGGGGCGGAUUUUUCCGGAGGCUCCCGCGGGCUCGGCCGGAGCGGGAGGGCCGGGAACGUUCCCUCCGCUUUUCCGUGUUCCGUGUGGAAUUGGGACGGAGCCGCCGGGCGAUCCCAAGGCGUUCCGGGGUGAUGGAGGGAGGGUUGGGAAGUGAAGGAAAGAGAGGGGAGGGGGUUUUUUUGGGGUGGGAAUGGUGGGGGCCGGAUUUGGGAUCUCUCCACCUGCCUCGGGAGGGUUUUCCCGGCAUCCAGGUCCGGAGGAGGAGGAGGAAGAGGAGGGAAAAUCCCGGGGGGCCGGAGGGGGUGGGCGGGGAGGGGUGGGAAUGUGCGUCGUGUGUGGCUGUAGUCGGGAAUCCCUCUGGAAUCUUCUCCUCCCAUCCCGUCUCUUGGCGUCCCUUCCCCCCGUUCCCGCCCGGAUUCGGGAUCUCUCCCCCCUUUAAUUUGCCCUCCAAAUUUUGGGAAUGGGGAGGAGCAUCCCCCCCCAUUUGGAAUGGUCAGGGAUGGGGGGGGGUGUUGUGGCUCCAAAGGUUUUUUUUUUUAUCUUGGAAUCACCCACGAUCCUUUCCAAGGACUUCCCAAAGAAAGCGGUGGGGGUUGUUUUUUAUUUUGUAAGAAUCUCCCAAAAAAAACCCCUCAUCCCUGUGGGAGAACUCUUGGAUGAAAUCCCGUUUUCCCGCUGUAAAGCCACCGGCUCCCGGAAAACGGAGCAGGAGGAGGGAAAACCAGGGAUGUGGAGAAUGGAAUGGGGGGAGGAAAACAAGAGGGAAAAGGAGGAGGAGGAGCCAGAGGUGGGGUGGAGGUGCCCGUGGAGGAGACAAUUCCAUGGGGAAUCGGGAACAGCGGUGGCACCUCUGGGCGGGAAAACCCGGCGGGAUCCUCUGGUGGCUUUUCGGGAGCUGCCCCGCAAUUCCCGGGAAAACGAGGGGUGGGAAUUCCGCCCCCUCUCCCAAUUCCCAGCGGGAACCGGUCCCUUGACCUCCGACCCCUCCAACUGGUGCCAGAGGGUUUUGCUCUCCACAAAACUCCCGAGCUCCGGGUCGGGAUUCCGGAGGGAAUCGCGUCCCCCCUUCGGCACUGCCCGGAUCCCAGGGGGGAAUUCCCGGGAUGAGGGAGCGGGGGCAGGAGCCGGAGGGGCCGUUCCGAGUUUGUCCCUUUUUGUACACAAACGUUGUAAAUACGAAUAAACUGCCCGGGCCUUUCCUGGCUU